CCACUCAGGUAUGGGGAAGUUGCCACCCACAGCAGUAAAUAAUUCAUAACUCAGGUAGACAGUAAAUACAGGCUACAGCGGUCAAUCUCACAGUUGUUCUCGCGUCAGGGUGUUUGCAGGCUUUCAUCAACAACGCUGCUUUACUCUGCUGGAAACAAACACAGCACCAUGCAGUUUCGGCCCUCCCUCCAGGUCUGUGUUGUGUUUGCAACAUUGGUAUCAUUGUCACAAUCAUUCCGCAGAGAUGUCCACGAGGGGUCGGAUCUUUUCAGCAGCCUGUCCUCAGUGGAAGCAAAACGGUCGACAAUAUUUGACAGGAUGGGUCGAUAUUAUGGGAAAAGAAGCUCAACGGAGAUGGAGGGAAUGAAUGGUAAAAUAAGGCCUCUGUACACUACGGAAGAAAUGCGGGAGCUGGUGUCUGGUUCUCCAAGACUUCUUGCAGGAAUCAUCAGAGGGUACAUUGACCGAAAUGGUGAUGACUUGAUCGACGAAGAAGAGAUGGCGCAGCUGAAGAAGAGAAUUCAGUACCAGUAGGAUCGUGAAGCCUGUUUUGUUAGAACUGUUACAUUGGGUAGAAACAGCACGAUAACACUUAUCUACAAACUAUCACAGAAUGGUGCUACGCAUUUCAACAAAUGACAUCAUGGAUUCUUUGAGGAUUUAUAUUGUAUUUCGACCAUCACAUGCAAAGUAUGCGUACAAUGAUGCCGUAUUCAUUCGUACAGACGGUGUUGUGAACACACCUUGAAGUCUUUCUUUUCUCCUAUCAUGCAAAUAAAUGACUAUUUUCCUAA